AUGCCAAACCAAUUCAGAUGUAACAAUGGACAAUGUAUUGCAAGCAAUUGGCGUUGUGAUUGGACGCAGGACUGUAUGGAGGGUGAAGAUGAAAUCUGUGAUGAUCCAACAUGUGCUAAAGAUGAAAUAAGAUGUUCUAACGGCAAAUUUUUGAAAUCACAAUGGUUAUGCGAUGGUGAAGAUGAAUGUGGUGAUGGAAACGAUGAACAGAACUGUAGAAAACAUUUACAGCUUUAUUCAAAUAUUUGCAGAUCUGAAAUAAAGAAUGGGAUUGUGAGCAACAAACAAGUAGUUGUAAAUGCAGGUCUAGACUCACCUGAGGGUAUUGCUGUAGAUUGGAUCCAUCAUCAUUUGUACUGGACAAACACUGGACGAAACACUGGACUAAACACUAUUCAAGUAUCUAAUCUUGAAGGCGAUAAAAAAGCAACAAUAAUUGAUAAUGAUCUAGAUCUACCAAGAGGAAUCGCUUUAGAUCCAAAAAUGGAUUACAUUGAUAGUAGAAUUUUCUGGAUUGAUGCUAAACUACAUACCAUUAUGUCUGCUGAUUUAGAUGGUUCCCGAAUCCGUACCGUAUUACAUAAUAAUGCACAAAUAUCUCAUCCAUUUUCUAUGGCUGUAUUUGAGGAUGAAGUUUUUUGGACAGAAUGGUCCGGAGAUAAUAUUCUUACGGCUCAUAAAUAUACAGGAAAAAACUUCCAACGAAAAGUCCAAGGUCUAAAUAAGCCAAUGGAUAUGGAUACAGAUUAUACGUCUACUGUAGUGACGACAAUGACAAUACCAGAGAGAACUGUAAACGGUGACAACAACAUACUUACUACACAAUCAUCAGCUGAAUCCCAACCAACAUCCAUGAAGACACUUAGACCUGAUGAAAGAUCUGGGGAUUUUGAGUUUAUGUAA